GAGGGUGGGCGUGGUUAUGUGAAGUCAGUUCCGGUUGGUGUAAAACCCCCCGGGGCGGCGGCGAACGGGCUUCAGAUGCUCCUGGGUCGCGUUGGUGAAAGCUCCGGACUGUGCGAGUGAGCUUGAGAGCCGAGCGCUAGAGCGACCGGGCGAGGGAUGGCGGCCAUUGGGACUGCGGCCGCGGCGGCCACGGGCAGGCUCCUAGUUCUGCUGCUGCUCGGGCUCACCGCGCCUGCCGCGGCGCUGGCCGGCUACGUUGAGGCUCUUGCAGCCAAUGCUGGAACAGGAUUUGCUGUUGCCGAACCUCAAAUUGCAAUGCUGUGUGGGAAGUUAAAUAUGCAUGUGAACAUUCAGACUGGGAAAUGGGAACCUGACCCAACAGGCACUAAAAGCUGCUUAGGAAAAAAAGAAGAUGUUCUUCACUACUGCCAGGAGAUGUAUCCAGAGCUACAGAUCACAAAUGUGAUGGAAGCAAACCAGGCAGCUAAUGUUGACAAUUGGUGCCGGAGGGACAAAAAGGAGUGCAAGAGCCACAUAGUGAUACCUUUCAAAUGUCUCGUGGGUGAAUUUGUAAGCGAUGUUCUUCUGGUUCCAGAAAAGUGCCAGUUUUUCCACAAAGAGCGGAUGGAUGUGUGUGAGAAUCACCAACAUUGGCACAUGGUAGUUAAAGAGGCCUGUCUGACUCAGGGAAUGACCUUACAUAGCUACGGCAUGUUGCUGCCCUGUGGGGUCGACCAGUUCCAUGGCACUGAGUACGUGUGCUGCCCUCAGACAAAGAUCAUUGAAUCUGCUGUGUCAAAAGAGGAGGAAGAGGAAGAAGAGGAAGAUGAAGAAGAGGAGGAGGAGGAAGAAGACUAUGACAUUUAUAAAAGUGAGUUUCCUACUGAAGCAGAUUUGGAAGACUUCACAGAAGCAGCUGUAGAUGAGGAUGAUGAAGAUGAGGAAGAAGGGGAGGAAGUGGUAGAAGAUCGUGAUUACUAUUAUGAUACCUUUAAAGGAGAUGACUACAAUGAAGAGAACCCCACGGAACCCAGCAAUGAGGGGGCUAAUUCAGAGAAGAUCACUCACGAUGUUAAAGCUGUCUGCUCCCAGGAGGCGAUGACGGGGCCCUGCCGGGCUGUGAUGCCUCGUUGGUACUUCGACCUCACCAAGGGAAAGUGCGUGCGCUUUAUAUAUGGCGGCUGCGGAGGCAACAGGAACAAUUUUGAGUCAGAGGAUUAUUGUAUGGCUGUGUGUAAAACGAUGAUCCCCCCCACUCCUCUGCCAACCAAUGACGUGGAUGUGUACUUCGAGACCUCGGCGGAUGAUAAUGAGCACGCUCGCUUUCAGAAGGCUAAGGAGCAGCUGGAGAUUCGGCACCGCAACCGGAUGGACAGGGUAAAGAAGGAAUGGGAAGAAGCUGAGCUUCAAGCAAAGAACCUCCCCAAAGCAGAGCGGCAGACACUCAUUCAGCACUUCCAGGCUAUGGUUAAAGCUUUAGAGAAGGAGGCAGCCAGUGAGAAGCAGCAGCUGGUAGAAACCCACCUGGCUCGAGUAGAAGCAAUGCUGAAUGACCGCCGCCGCGUGGCCCUGGAGAACUACCUGGCUGCCUUGCAGUCUGAUCCUCCACGGCCUCAUCGCAUCCUCCAGGCCUUGAGGCGUUAUGUCCGUGCUGAGAACAAAGACCGCUUGCAUACCAUCCGUCAUUACCAGCAUGUGUUGGCUGUCGACCCAGAGAAAGCAGCCCAGAUGAAACCCCAGGUGAUGACUCACCUCCAUGUGAUUGAGGAAAGGAGGAACCAAAGCCUCUCUCUGCUCUACAAAGUACCUUACGUGGCUCAAGAAAUCCAGGAGGAAAUUGAUGAACUGCUUCAAGAACAACGUGCAGACAUGGACCAGUUCACCGCCUCCAUCUCAGAGACCCCUGUGGACGUCCGGGUGAGCUCGGAAGAGAGUGAUGAGAUCCCGCCAUUCCACCCCUUCCACCCCUUCCCAUCCUUACCUGAAAACGAAGGCUCUGGUGCAGGAGAACAGGAUGGAGAACUGAUAGGUGCUGAAGAGAAAGUGAUCAACAGCAAGAAUAAAGUGGAUGAAAAUAUGGUCAUCGAUGAGACUCUGGAUGUUAAGGAAAUGAUUUUCAAUGCUGAGAGAGUGGGAGGCCUUGAGGAGGAGCCGGAAUCAGCAAGGCCACUUCGGGAGGACUUCAGUCUGAGCAGCAGCGCCCUCAUUGGUCUGCUGGUCAUUGCAGUGGCCAUCGCCACAGUCAUUGUCAUCAGCCUGGUGAUGCUAAGGAAGAGACAGUAUGGAACCAUCAGCCACGGGAUCGUGGAGGUUGACCCAAUGCUUACGCCAGAAGAGCGUCACCUGAACAAGAUGCAGAACCAUGGUUACGAGAACCCAACCUACAAAUACCUGGAGCAGAUGCAGAUUUAAAUGGGAGGAAGCUCGAGCACCCCCGGUUGGAGUGGGGCAGUGGAGGUGGGCAGGAGACGUCCAGCAUUUUGGACCGACUACUGGCCAGCCACUUCCAGAGGAUUUCAUCUUACAUUCAGACCUCCUGGAUCAUUAAGACUAUAAAGUACUACUGUAGAAUCACAAUUUCCAUUCUUUUAAAUGGGUGAAAAAUGUUAAUAUAACAAUAUAUGAUAUAUAAACCUUAAAUGAAAUGAAAAAAUGAUCUAUUGCAGAUAUUUGACUGAUGUAGUUUACUUUUUUUUAAUUAAUCGGAAAUCCCACUUCUAUCAUAUUGUCUCAUACAUGCUAUCUAUACAAAUGGAAAAUGUUGAUUUUCAGUAAUAGACUGUAUAUGCAGGCUGUUUGUUCUGGUUGCAUUGUGUAAAUCAACUUGAUAAGGCUCUUUCACUGUCCUGGUUUUUAUAAAAAAAAGAAGAGAAGAAGGCAGUAUUCCCUUUUUAACGAGCUUUCAGGAAGUUGCUGAGGAGCGAAACGGAGCAGAGCUGUGAUGACAGGGAAGCGUGUCGUGAUGGCCUCUCAGAACCAUUGUCAAGGGCCAGGUCCUUGGGAGGCUGGUGUUCCCGCUGUUUGGUGGCCACACAAGCCCCUCGCCAAGGAGGUUCAGCGCAUUUGAGUCCCAGCACCUCUUAGUGAGCCUAAAGUAUAGAGAUUAGGGCCCACUACUGCUUUGCUUUUAAAUCCAGUUCUUCCACAGAAAUUAGCUGGUAGUUUGUAUAUGAUGUUCUUCCACCACCCGCCAUCUGCGCUCACUCCCUCCCCAGUAAUGUCCUGACGUGCUUUCUCCUCCGUGGACACUUCCCUCUGAAGGCACUGACCCUGCCUGAUCCCACACACCUUGACCUCUCUGCUGUCCCCUCCUGCCACCACCUUCCCUGAUGUCCCUCAGAGAAGAUGGCAGUGGCAGGUGUGUGUGGGGGGGCUGGGGUGCUUUCUUGUGGAAGAAGGCUGUUCCACACUGUGCGUCUGUAAACACGUGGAAAGCUGUGACGAUUGUUUCCUUCCUACACACGUCUUUGUAAUGUCUGUAUAGUUGAUGCUCACAGCCUUUUCUUUUCUUUUUUUUUUUUUCACUCUGAAGGUUCCCGUAACUGUGGUGUAUUAUUUUCUAUUUCCCUGUGAUUGUUCUUUUCUUCUUCCUCCCCAAGUCCUACCUACCCUGUCUCUUCCCACUAUGCACAGAUAAACUUCACCUACAAACUUCUUAACUUGAUCUGUGGAGAAUGUACAGAGUUUAAACACAUCAAUAAAUACUUUAACUUCCACCAAGAA